ACCAGAGGGUGGCGCUAUGGAGCACUGUGUGACAUUAUAGGUGGCAUUAGAAGAACAAGGUAUUUUGUUUUGGCUGCUGCUGUGAUGUUUUUUUUCUUCAACCUAUUACCGAACAUUCACUAGUCGAUUCUUUAUUAGACCAUGUAGCUUUUAAAUGUAAUUUUACGAAAAACAAAGAAGUUGUUUUCAAACACAACUCUCCCUGUGAAGUAUUCUGUCACUUCGCCGUCUCUGCGGUGCUGAGGAUCGUCCAGGACAUUACAUCAUAGGUUAAGAGAUUAGUGUUUACCAGCCAGAACUAAACUUAAACAUCCUAAAACAUUCCACGCUUACGUGUAUUAGUCAGGACCAGUUCACACAUUGUGCUAUAAUGGGGACGAGCAGGACGUACCUCAGCAUAGGGUAUGCUACGUUUGGUACGCUGGUGGGAAUUUCGGCCUUUUUCGUCUGGAACAUCGCGUAUAAACAACCAUGGACGGCGGCGAUGGGAGGCUUGUCAGGAGUCCUGGCCCUGUGGUCUCUUGUGACACACAUCAUGUAUCUCCAAGACUACUGGCGCACCUGGCUCAAGGGGCUCAAGUUCUUCAUCUUCGUCGGUGUUGUCUUCUGCCUGUUGGCCAUCGUGGCAUUCAUCACUUUCCUGACCGUCGCCAUCACGCAGAAGCAAACUCCAACUGACCCACAAAGCCUGUACCUGUCCUGCAUCUGGAGCUUCAUGACCCUCAAAUGGGCCUUCCUGUUGGCCAUGUACUCACACCGAUACCGCCAGGAGUUUGCAGACAUCAGCAUCCUCAGCGACUUCUAGUCCACCAACCUCGUCGGACUCACUGGAGAAUGCUUUUGAUGGAGAUUUGAACCGCAUGAGCUGUUCAAUGAGCUUCUGUUUCAAGGCGAGGAAAUGCGUGUAGUGCUGGAUUUAAAAAUAAGUCAUGAGACUCUCUUCCACAUGCAUUUGUCCUACGUGCUUCAUACACACAAACAGUGGUUUUACAACCUGUUCUCCCACUUGACGUGUGUGUGUGUGUGUGUGUGUGUGUGUGUGUGUGUGUGUGUGUGUGUGUGUGUGUGUGUGUGUGUGUGUGUGUGUGUGUGUGUGUGUGUGUGUGUGUGUGUGUGUGUGUGUGUGUGUAUUUCUUUUUUUUGAAUGCCAGGCUCAUUCUUUUAAAGGACUACAUACCUAUCGGAAGAGUAAUUUUAACUGCAACUACCAAUGGUGUAUAAUGUAUUUUGUUGUACCACAACACCGAGUGCUAGAACGGAAACUACUCAAGCUUCAUUUUAUCAGACACUUUAUACGUUAAUGCUGCCCCCAUUGCUUUGUCUGACGUCCCCAGCGUAACGUCUGGAAGUAACAAUAUUUCUCCCUUAACCAAGGUCACUUUGGAUAAAAAAAGAUAUUUCCUGGUGAAGUCUACCGUCAUACUCACCUUUUUUUAAAUAGCUUUUCUGAUGACAGUGAACAUCUAUGUAGUAUGUAAGCCUGUCUGUCCAUAGCCAUAAAGAUUUUGAGCCGAACAAAGACAGAAAUGUUAUUAUACUCGGGUAGUCAUUUAAGAUGAGGAGUCAUUGUUGGAAAACAAAGUUUGUUAUUUAUCUUUUGGUUGUAGUGCGGUCUGAGGCAUUACAUUCUUGGCUUCAUGAAGCAGAUCCUAUCAAUAUAAGUAACACUUGACAUAGUCAUGUGUUAAAAGCUACCUUUUUUUUUUAAAGCGGCUGCAUAGAAUGCCAAUUUUCAAAGAACAGGGCCUGGGUCGUUAUACAGAUCAUUUCAGUUUUAUGCCACUAGGUGGAGACUUCUCUUUGCUUGCUGAGUUAAUUUGACGACUUUAACAUUCCCCUUCGGAGAAAACAUGGAAUUUAUUAGACAAAUAAUUGCACUUUAGAUUUUGAAUGAUAUUUCUGCUUGUCUACUUUGGCAUUCGUCUACAGACCCAAAUGUGUCAUUACCACUACACACUCUCAUCAUGUAUUGCUUGCCUCUAGCUCAAUACAAUAUUGGCAUUUCAUUGUUUGGAUUUAUUAUGUUUGUGUUUGUCAAAUUGAACAUGUAUUUGUAAGUUAUUGUUUAUAACCCAGGACUUUUAUUAUGUUUUUUCCUAAGCAUAUAAGCCCAUUACUGUUAUUUUUAAAGAAUUUUAAGGAAGUUGGUAUGAGAUUAAAAAUCCCUUAAACAUAAA